AUGGCCGCAUCCUUUGAUCUGUCCAAGCCCAACCGCACCAUCCACGCCGGGGUGAUUCUUCUGAACGCGGAAACGGAGAUUCUCGAUGUGGCCCCCAUUGACCUGUUGAAUUCGGUGUCCAAGAACUUUGUUCAGACCCUGGAAGAGUUUGCUCUGCCCGGCAUGGCUGCCCAAGCUCUCGACAUUGAUUUCCAUUGGGUCAAUCAGACGGGGAAAACUGCCAAACUGACAGGCGGUGUCUCGGUCCAACCAACUGAUGACUUCUCGACAUGCCCACCACUUGACAUAGUCCUGAUGGGGGCUCAUUUGAACGGGUAUAAUCCCAAUGAGGUGGAGCUCGACUUCGUGCGCAAAAGUUACGAGAACUGCUCGGCCUUCAUCACCAUCUGCGGCGGAUUGCAGGCUGCAUUCCAGGCGGGACUGUUCAAAAACAAGACUGUGGCCGCACCUCGAUUCAUGUUGGAACAGCUUCGCGCGACGGGCCCUGAAACUACUUGGGUGGAGGAGCGCUGGCACAGGGACGGCAAGCUCUGGACAAGCGGUGCCUUGCUCAAUGGACUGGACCUCAUGCGUGCGUUUGGGACAGAGUAUUGGGGCGGUGAGGGCAGCUUGAUCCAGUUUGCGUUCGACAGCGGCCACUGGCCGUUGAGAGACGUUCAAUAUGGAGAUGCUCCAACGAAAUUUUGA